UUCUUAAGCACAGGGGACCAAGCUUCCAAGGGAAACUACGGACUCCUUGAUCUGAUCCAAGCUCUGCGCUGGACUAGCGAGAAUAUUGCUUUUUUUGGUGGUGACCCUUUACGAAUAACUGUUUUUGGAUCAGGGGCUGGCGCCUCCUGUGUCAACCUCCUGACCCUGUCCCAUUAUUCUGAAGGUAACCGUUGGAGCAAUUCAACCAAAGGUAUAAUGCAGAGGUUGCAACUUUUGAAAAUUUUCGGUGUUGCAUGCCACCUUCAUUACUGUGUGGUUUGAGUUGAUGUGGGUAUUUUGUUCUGGAAUGGCUGAAUACGGGUGCUUUUGAUUAUGUGAUUUGACAUGCCACUGGACCUUGUAUUUUGUAAAACUCUUGAAUGUUUACUAAUCCAUGGAGGUUAAAGUUGACUAAAGCAAUGACCAUAUAUACUGUAGACUCUGAUGGUAUUCCAUACCAGAAUACCACACACAGCCCCACUUUAUUUUGAUUGUAUCACUCUCUCAUCUCCUAAUCCACGUUCCCAGGGGAGCCCCAGUAAAUGUUACCAUGUCAGUGUCAGUGUAUUGCUCCCUCUAAUCUUAUUGUCUUCAGAGAUUAAUUCCAUACAAAAGUAUGAAUAUUCAUACCACAGUAUGAAACACCAUUCAGACGCAGUAUGACAAAUCCUAGUCACUGCUGCCAAUGCAGGUGAAUGACAACACUUUUACAUCGAACAAGAUUUGACAGCCCUUUUCACAGUGAUAUAUGAUAAUUUCCUAUGUAUUCCUCUGAGCCAUCACCACAGGGUCUCUGAGGGCUCUGCUCCUACAACUUUGUAACAAUUGCUAAAGUGCAUAUUGAGAUACACAUAAUAAUAAUAAUAAUAGUAAUAAUAAUUUAUUACGCUUUUAUAGAGCUAUUCAUUACAUAAAGAAUCUCAAAGCGCUUUAAAGCAACACAAAAAAUACAAGCAAUUUAGAAAAUGACAACAACAACAUAAUGAGAUGGAAGGUCAUGAGAGGGUUGGAAAGUUCAUGGCUUGAGUGGUCAUCGGAGGGAGGUGGUCAAAGGGGGAGAGCAAGCAAAGAUGAUCUCUGAAGCAAGUUCGGGGGCAGGCAGCACGGUGUCAUCAAGGUGUCUCGCAGUCAUUGCCGUCAGUGAGGCUUCUCCAGUUCAUGGACUCCGUAGCAGGUGUAGCUAGGCUUCACUACUACCAAAAUGAAGCACCCAUUUGGGUGAAGCUACAGCAGUCAUGUGGCGCCAGAAAACACACAUUACAAUGAUAAUGCAAGAGUAGCCUUGUAACUUAGUCCUCCUUAGGAUCCUAGUCAUGGCACACCUCAGCCGUCUUGCUUUCGGGCUUCUCUCCAUCCUCAACCUCCGGACACACAUUUUACAUUUACAUUUUAGUCAUUUAGCAGACGCUCUUAUCCAGAGCGACUUACAGUUAGUGCAGUCAUCUUAAGAUAGCUAGGUGGGACAACCACAUAUCACAGUCUUAGUAAGUCAAUUUUUUCCUCAAUAAGGUAGCUAUCAUCAAAGUCAGAGCUAGUAAGGGGGGGGGGGAAAGUCAAGUGCGAGUGAGGAGGUGGUUCGAGGGGGUGUGCUGUGGGAAUAUUUAAGAUACUCUUUGAAGAGGUAGGGUUUCAGAUGUUUUCAGAAGAUGAGCAGGGACUCUGCUGUCCUAGCUUCAGGGAGAAGCUGGUUCCACCAUUGGGGUGCCAGGACAGAGAACAGCUUGGACUGGGCUGAGUGGGAGCUGGCAUCUCGUAGAGGUGGAAGGGCCAAGAGACCAGAGGUGGCAGAACAGAGUGCUCGGGUUGGGGUGUAGGGUUUGAGCAUAGCCUGAAGGUAGGGAGGGGCAGUUCCUCUUGCUGCUCCAUAGGCAAGUACCAUGGUCUUGUAGUGGAUGCGAGCUUCGACUGGAAGCCAGUGUAGUAUGCGGAGUAGCGGGGGGCAUGGGAGAACUUGGGAAGGUUGAACACCAGGCAGGCUGCACCGUUCUGGACAAGUUGCAGAAGUUUGAUGGCACAAGCGGGGAGCCUAGCCAACAGUGAGUUACAGUAGUCCAGAUGGGAGAUGACAAGUGUCUGGAUUAGGACCUGCGCCGCUUCCUGUGUGAGGUAGGGUCGUACUCUACUGAUGUUGUAGAGCAUGAACCUGCAGGAGCGAGUCACUGCUUUGAUGUUUGCAGAGAGUGACAGGGUGUUAACAGUCCAGGGUCACACCAAGGUUAUUUGAACUCUGGGAGGGGGACACCGUGGAGUUGUCAUCCGUAAUGGAGAGUUCUUGGAGCUGGCAGGACUUCUCCUGGAGGAAGAGCAGCUCCGUCUUGUUGAGCUUGAGGUGGUGGGCCGAUAUCUCUGCCAUGUAUGCAGGGAUGCGUGUCGCCACCUGGGUGUCAGAAGGGGAGAAGGAGAAAAGUAGUUGAGUGUCAUCCGCAUAGCAAUGAUAGGAUAGACCAUUUGAGGAUAUAUAUGAUGGAGCCGAGUGACUUGGUGUAUAGAGAAAAGAGGAGAGGGCCUAGAAAUUAUCCCUGGGUGACACCAGUAGUGAGAGUACGUGGUGCAGACACAGUUCCUCUCCAUGUCACCUGGUAGGAGCGGCCUGCCAGGUAGCAUGCAAUCCAAGAGUGUGCAGAGCCUGAGAUGCCCAGCCUUGAGAGGGUGGAGAGGAGGAUCUGAUGGUUCACAGUUUCAAAGGCAGCGGAUAGAUCUAGGAGGAUGAGAACAGAGGAGAGAGAGUCAGCUUCGGCAGUGCGGAGAGCCUCCGUGACACAGAGAAGAGCAGUCUCGGUUGAGUGACCCAUCUUGAAGCUUGACUGGCUAGGGUCAAGAAGAUCGUUCUGAGAGAGAUAGUGAGAGAGUUGGUCAGAGACAGCACGCUCAAGUGUUUUGGAAAGAAAAUACCGGUCUGUAGUUUUUGAUGUGUCAAGUGUUGGUUUCUUGAGGAGGGGAUCGACUCAGGCCAUUUUGAAGUCAGAGGGGACGCAGCAAGUGGUCAGGGAUGAGUUGAUAGGGGAAGUGAGGAAUGGGAGAAGGUCUGGAGAAGGGAGGAAGAGAUGCAGUUGUGCGGGCAGGUUGUCUGGCGGCCGGACCUCACUAGUGGCAUGAUUUCAUCUGGAGAGAGAGGGGAGAAAGAGGUCAAGGCGUAGGGUAGUUCUGUGUGAGUGGGACCAGUGGACUCAAUAGGCUGAGUGAAUGAGGAGCGGAUUUCGUCAACCUUCUUUUCAAAGUGGUUGAUGGCUGGCAUUCGAAUCAAAACAAUUGCCAGCUAGCCAGUUUACAUUAGCUAGCUAGCCAAACAAACAAUUGACUUGCCAGAUUCAGUCUAGAAACUCUGUGGUGGAUUCUGAUGACAUUAAUUAGAUAUAUUAAUUGCUCAAUCUUAAAACAAAACGUUUGCAGGGAAAAAUGCCAAAAAGUAAUUAAUUAUACAAAUAUUUACAAAAUGUACAGGAGCUCGCUGCCUAGGCGACCUCACGGCGCCAUGACAACCCCGGAAUCCACAUACAGUGGGGAAAAAAAGUAUUUAGUCAGCCACCAAUUGUGCAAGUUCUCCCACUUAAAAAGAUGAUAGAGGCCUGUAAUUUUCAUCAUAGGUACACGUCAACUAUGACAGACAAAUUGAGAAAAGAAAAUCCAGAAAAUCACAUUGUAGGAUUUUUAAUGAAUUUAUUUGCAAAUUAUGGUGGAAAAUAAGUAUUUGGUCACCUACAAACAAGCAAGAUUUCUGGCUCUCACAGACCUGUAACUUCUUCUUUAAGAGGCUUCUCUGUCCUCCACUCGUUACCUGUAUUAAUGGCAACUGUUUGAACUUGUUAUCAGUAUAAAAGACACCUGUCCACAACCUCAAACAGUCACACUCCAAACUCCACUAUGGCCAAGACCAAAGAGCUGUCAAAGGACACCAGAAACAAAAUUGUAGACCUGCACCAGGCUGGGAAGACUGAAUCUGCAAUAGGUAAGCAGCUUGGUUUGAAGAAAUCAACUGUGGGAGAAAUUAUUAGGAAAUGGAAGACAUACAAGACCACUGAUAAUCUCCCUCGAUCUGGGGCUCCACGCAAGAUCUCACCCCGUGGGGUCAAAAUGAUCACAAGAACGGUGAGCAAAAAUCCCAGAACCACACGAGGGGACCUAGUGAAUGACCUGCAGAGAGCUGGGACCAAAGUAACAAAGCCUACCAUCAGUAACACACUACGCCGCCAGGGACUCAAAUCCUGCAGUGCCAGACGUGUCCCCCUGCUUAAGCCAGUACAUGUCCAGGCCCGUCUGAAGUUUGCUAGAGUGCAUUUGGAUGAUCCAGAAGAGGAUUGGGAGAAUGUCACAUGGUCAGAUGAAACCAAAAUAUAACUUUUUGGAAAAAACUCAACUCGUCGUGUUUGGAGGACAAAGAAUGCUGAGUUGCAUCCAAAGAACACCAUACCUACUGUGAAGAAUGGGGGUGGAAACAUCAUGCUUUGGGGCUGUUUUUCUGCAAAGGGACCAGGACGACUGAUCCGUGUAAAGGAAAGAAUGAAUGGGGCCAUGUAUCGUGAGAUUUUGAGUGAAAACCUCCUUCCAUCAGCAAGGGCAUUGAAGAUGAAACGUGGCUGGGUCUUUCAGCAUGACAAUGAUCCCAAACACACCGCCCGGGCAACGAAGGAGUGGUUUCGUAAGAAGCAUUUCAAGGUCCUGGAGUGGCCUAGCCAGUCUCCAGAUCUCAACCCCAUAGAAAAUCUUUGGAGGGAGUUGAAAGUCCGUGUUGCCCAGCGACAGCCCCAAAACAUCACUGCUCUAGAGGAGAUCUGCAUGGAGGAAUGGGCCAAAAUACCAGCAACAGUGUGUGAAAACCUUGUGAAGACUUACAGAAAACGUUUGACCUGUGUCAUUGCCAACAAAGGGUAUAUAACAAAGUAUUGAGAAACUUUUGUUAUUGACCAAAUACUUAUUCUCCACCAUAAUUUGCAAAUAAAUUCAUAAAAAAUCCUACAAUGUGAUUUUCUGGAUUUUUUUUCCUCAUUUUGUCUGUCAUAUUUGACGUGUACCUAUGAUGAAAAUUACAGGCCUCUCUCAUCUUUUUAAGUGGGAGAACCUGCACAGUUGGUGGCUGACUAAAUACUUUUUCCCCCCACUGUAUACUGUAGCUGAUGGGAGUUACAAUGUUACACGAGCUCAUCACCUUAAGGCAUCACAUUGCACCGCUAUCUGAAUGUGCUUAAUUUCCAUCUUCUUCUGAAUGUACAUGUGUGGGUUAGAUUGAAAGAUUUCAUAUCAACAUGUUUGAAGAUUUUAUAGUUAAACCAAGUUUUCUUUGUUAACCUCUACGGGAUCGGUGUCCCGUAUACGGGACGGUUGAGCUAACAUGCGCUAAUGUGAUUAGCAUGACUGUUGUAAGUAACAGAAAACUUUCCAGGACAUAGACAUGUCGUAUGUGGGCAGAAAGCUUAAAUUCUUGUUAAUCUAAGUGCACUGUCCAAUUUACAGUAGCUAUUACAGUGAAGAAAUACCAUGCUAUUGUUUGAGGAGAGUGCACAACAACAAAAAAUGUAUCACGGCAACUGGUUUGAUACAAUCACCUCUGAAGGUAAAUAAUGUACUUAGAGAUAAAAUGUACCAUAGUUUUGUUUGAUAAAAUCCAUUUUUAUAUUCAAAUGUAGGAACUGGGUUCUACAGUUUGAACCCCUGCUGUCUCUGGCUCCACACCCACCCCGCCCGUUCAUCUAGAUGUGUGAAAGUUUGUGUAUAAGCUAAUGAUCCAUCAUGUAUGACAUUCCUGGGAGUGUGUAAACUUACAUUUUGUAUUACCACAUCAUUUUUGUAUGUUCUCUAUAGUUAUGUACUUGAAAAUGUAUCAAUUGACCAAUUCGACACAUUUGGGCAGACUUGAUAGAAAAUAGUCAAGUAUUGCAAUGCUUCACUGGAUCAAUCUAAAACUUUGCACACACACUACUACCAUCUAGUGGCCAAAAUCUAAAUUGCGCCUAAACUGCAAUAUUAUAUUGUGGCCUUUCUCUUGCAUUUCAAAGAUGAUGGAACAAAAAAAUCUAACGUGUUAUAUUCUCCUACAUUAAUUUCACAUUUCCACAAACUUUGAAGUGUUAACUUUCAACUGGUAUCAAGAAUAUGCAUAUCCUUGCUUCAGGUCCUGAGCUACAGGCAGUUUGAUUUGGGUAUGUCAUUUUAGGCGAAACUUGAAAAAAAGGGUCCGAUCCUUAAGAGGUAUUAGAAUGAUAAAAAUACAUGUUUACAUAAAAAUACAUGUGAUUUCUUGUUUAUAAAACAACAUUUAUAAAAAACAUGAAUUAGACACCUAUUGCGAUUUCCUCAAUACUGAGCCCAUGCGCUGUCAUAGUAACACAGACCAGUUACCUCUCUUUACCUCUCUCUCUUUUUAUCCAUCUCAUUCCUUAUCAUCCUACACUACAUGGUUUAUUCCUACCUGGCUUGUGUGGUGUGUGUCACGUGUGUUUGAUCACAUAAUAUAUUAUGACAGCAAGUUUUAAUGAGCACUGUGCACCCUGUGUGAGAAAAUGAUACAGACAAUGUUUUAUGAUAAGGCACAUGGGUAGUUCAUUAUAAAAGCAGUAGUAUACAGUAUAGUAUGAGUAUGUAUUAGUAUGUAAUAUCAUGAUCAUUCCUGUGUAAAAUGGUGUAACAUGUUUGUCUACAAACCUUGGCAAACAAACUCUGAAGUAGCAAGUCUGUCUGUUUGUAAAGCACUAAUCACUGCUAACAAUGCAGACGUCUGUCAAGGCAAUAGACAAAUGUUUCCCUCUGCUCUCCCAGGAAUGGCACAAUAAACUAAUCCAGACAAACUGACUUUGAUAUUUUUAAGGUUUUGAGGAGAGUUAUGUCUAUUGCCAGCAAGUGUAAUAAUCAGCAAAAUAAUAAUUAUAAAAAUGUAUUCAACUUUUAUAGUAAAAGUAGGCUGUUUAUCAGUGAAAUUAUGAAAAUGGUACGUUGUUCAAGUGCACAUUUUGAUGUAAGUGCAGUGGUAGAUGCAUGUUGUGUGUAAUGCAUUGUGAUUCUAUGAGGCGUUGUCUCACUCUGGUUGGCUUCUAUCUUAUCUCUCUGCAGGACUUUUCCAGAGAGCUAUAGCACAGAGUGGCACUGCGUUGUCCAGCUGGGCCGUCAGCUUCCAGCCUGCUAAGUAUGCUCGCAUGUUGGCCAAGAAGGUGGGCUGCAACCUGAAAGACACAGUGGACCUGGUGGAGUGUCUGCAGAAGAAGCACUACAAGGAGCUGGUGGAUCAGGACAUCCAGCCUGCACGGUACCACAUCGCCUUCGGGCCUGUUAUCGACGGUGACGUCAUCCCAGACGACCCCCAGAUCCUCAUGGAGCAGGGUGAGUUCCUCAACUAUGACAUCAUGCUGGGCGUCAACCAGGGCGAAGGCCUGAAGUUCGUGGAGCUCAUCGUAGACCAUGAGAACGGCGUCCAGGCCAAUGAUUUUGACUACGCCGUGUCCAGCUUCGUGGACGACCUGUACGGUUACCCGGAGGGAAAGGACAUUCUGCGGGAGACCAUAAAGUUCAUGUACACGGACUGGGCUGAUAGGCACAACCCAGAGACCAGGAGGAAGACCCUACUAGCCCUGUUCACUGAUCACCAGUGGGUGGCUCCGGCCGUGGCCACAGCAGACCUCCACUCCAGCUUUGGGUCGCCAACCUACUUCUAUGCCUUCUACCACCACUGCCAGACAGACCAGGUGCCCCCCUGGGCAGACGCUUCCCACGGCGAUGAGAUCCCUUACGUGUUUGGCCUGCCCAUGAUUGGCCCCACAGAGCUGUUCCCUUGUAACUUCUCCAAGAACGACGUCAUGCUCAGCGCUGUGGUGAUGACCUACUGGACUAAUUUUGCCAAAACUGGGUACGUGCAGUACUGAAACAUAUUUUAAGAUGUCGUGUAUGUGCGUGCAUGCGUGUCAUACUUACACAUUUCUCUAGUUAAUGAAUUGAGUACCAUUUGGUUGUGUUAAUUUUUAUGUUUUUAAAGCUUGGACAGAAUAUCAAUGUGUAUCAUUGUCUCAUCCCAUAUUCUUUAACAUGCUGUUAAUUAAUAACAAAUGACAGUUUCCUUGAGAGUGCAAUUCUCAAUAGGAAAACAUUAGAAUCCUUUUUUGCAUUGCCUUUAAGCAUGUAGUCAUGGAAGUAAUUGUUUUUUGGAGCAUAAUGGGGGACAAUGGCUUUUUCCCUCUGCAGCCAAAGAGCCCAACGGCACCAUCGGGAUACUACUGAUCUACAUAUAUAACAGUAAAUUAACAUAUAACACAGGGCACCUAUGAGAUUCAUGCUUCCACAUUCCAUUUUGCCAGUUUAUGAUGUGUUCCGAUUGGCUCCAUAUGCCAUUCCCAAACAAUGGUGCUCGUUCUGCUGGAAUGAGCCUCCAUUCCUCAUGCUGGGUAGUGGUGCUUUACUCAUACUAAGUUCCCUCUUUCCCUUGCAGUGACCCCAACCAGCCGGUCCCCCAGGAUACCAAGUUCAUCCACACCAAGCCUAACCGUUUCGAGGAGGUGGCGUGGACGCGCUACAACCAGAAGGACCAGCUGUACCUCCACAUCGGCCUGAAGCCCCGAGUCAAGGAGCACUACCGGGCCAACAAGGUCAACCUGUGGCUGGAGCUGGUGCCACACCUCCACAGCCUGAACGAGGUCACCCAGAUCAUCUCCACCACCACCAAGGUCCCACCACCAGAGGUCACCCCCAGGACACCAAAGAAGAUCCCUGUCAACACCAAGAGGCCUAACCCCACGCCCUUCCCCACCGAGACCCAGGACAGUCAGAACCAGCCCUUCCUGGUGGACCAGAGGGACUACUCCACAGAACUGAGCGUCACCAUCGCCGUGGGCGCCUCGCUGCUCUUCCUCAACAUCCUGGCCUUUGCAGCGCUCUACUACAAGAAGGACAAGCGGCGGCAUGACGUUCACCGGCGCUGCAGCCCCCAGCGCAACACGACCAACGACCUGGCGCACACGCAGGAGGAGGAGAUAAUGUCCCUGCAGAUGAAGCACACGGACCUGGACCACGAGUGCGAUGCCAUGCACCCACACAAGGUGGUUCUGAGAACUGCCUGCCCGCCAGACUACACGCUAGCCAUGCGACGCUCUCCUGACGACAUCCCCCUCAUGACCCCAAACACCAUCACCAUGAUCCCCAACACCAUGCAGGGCCGCCAGUCCUUGCACAACUUCAACACCUUCCCCAGUAGUGGACAGAACAGCACCCUGCCUCACACCCUGCCUCACCCGCACUCACACUCCACCACCAGGGUA